GAAAGUACGGGCUACCAAAGUUGACUGCCUUCCAUAACAAGUCAGGUGGGCACUUAAGCGUUUGAGUUCGAGACGCCUCCCUCGCUUCCGUGGAUGUCCGAAUUGUUCACCAGAGGCAGCCUCCUGACCAAGGACUAAGAGCUUAAAUUAUAAGCCAUUCCAAGACCUACUAGGUGAGGUGUCUGCACACCAGUCUGGAGGAGAAAACCACAGUCACCAUGAUAGACCUGAGUCACCUGACAGAGGAGGAACAGUCCAUGAUCAUGACUGUGCUGAAGAGAGAUGAGGAGCUGAAGAAAGCAGAGGAGGAGAGAAUCAGGAAUUUGCAAAGAAACAGCGCCCCAGUGGAAAGCCGGCACAAGUACCUGACAGGAGAGUGGUUUUACGCGGCCAAGUCUCAAAGACACAAUGAUAAGAUCCAUGGUUCCGAAAUCAUCCUGGCCUCCAUGAAACAGAGAAAAGCAGAUCUGUCUAAGACUGAGAACCCCAGAGUCUCAGAGCUCACCCCUCCACCCAAACCCGCCAGGCUUCUGGAGACUUCAACACAGCCAAGGGAAACCAGUGAAAGCCUCAAUGUGUCAGAUGCAGAGAAAGAGAAAUUGAAUUCAGUGGUACGCUCUCCGGGAAGGCCAAGGCGCAACCCUUUCAAUCGAGCAUCCUUUGUUUUGGAAGCAGAGACGAUGGAAAAGCAGUUAACCAAUGAAAAUCAAGAUGAUGAAACAUCUUACAAAGCAGAGCCUUUAUCUCCACUGAAGAAUCCCACUGCAAAAGGAUCCACCAGUCACACAUCGGCGGGCUCUGUCACUUCUGAAGGGUCCUCUGUAGGAUUCAGGCCUGUGCCUAAGAAGAGAACCUUUCUUUCCCGGCGUUCACAGAGCUCUCUCACAGGCAGUGAUGUCUCCAUCCCUGGGCAGCUGAGUCAUCCUGUUGAGUCAAAAGUGAACAGCCCUGACCCUCAGGGAAGCAUCCAACAGUGCCCCAAUGGUGAAUUCAAGCUGUCCAGUCAGGUGGUUGUGGACAAGCAGUCACAAGAAAGUACUACAUUUUCUACAUCUGAGUUACAGAACAAUGUGACUCCAGUUUCUCCCACUAGUCAGCGACUAAAAACUUUGACUGACCUCCCCUAUAAGCCACUAAAUGAUUUAAUCCUGGUCCCCACCACUACUGAACUGGAUACAGAAACAGGGUCCCACGAGCAAAAGAGAACUGCAGAGGAGCACUCAGAUGACUCACUAAUCAGACCUGAUGUGAUUACCCCCUCUCCUGUUAGGGAAACUGAAGGUUUCAAGGUUCUAAGAAGGCCCAUGACUGAUCCAAAGCCUCUCAGACUGACAGACUUUACACCAGUAACACCCACUGAUAACGACAGGCACACAGAUAAAUACCACAAAGAUGGUCAGAGAACGGAAGGUAGUAAUGGUCUCAUCCAGAGAGAAUCUUUCAGUGUGGAUCCUCCACAGUGCGGAGAGUGGUCUGAUAAAUUUUCUGAAUCUCGGUCUGUAACCUUCUGUCCAACCUCUGAACUAACAACCCACACUCACCGCCAGCCUUCUCAACAUGCAGCCUUUGAAAUCCUUGAGAAGCAGGACAAGGAAAUGAUAAGGUCCCGCAAUGUGGGCACAGCUAUCAGACAGGGCGACCUUAGCCUGGAUACAAGCAUGGUGGACAAAUGGAUGCAUCAUGAACGCCAUAAAUCUGGGGAUAGGCCUGAAAAUCAGGUUAAUAAAAAAACAGGAGGUUACCAGCCUGCCAUUGAGUCAGCUCCCCUUAGGCCCCAACCCACAGGGGAGGAGGGUGACUCCAUCGCUAAAGUGCUAGAGUGGUUCAGCCGGAGUGUAGACAGUAACGACUGGCUGGACACUCAGAACGAUCAACCAGACUUGCAGGAAGACGUGUUUGGCUCUGCAAUAACAGAUACAAAGGACAGGCCUAGUUAUCGGAGCAAAACUCAGCAAAUGGAAAUAAAAGAUCCAGACCUGAAGAAAAAUCUUCCACAUGUUGAUUCCGGCCUGUAUACACAGGGUGUGAAAGGAGUCUCAGUGUUUAUAACACCAGAGGUAAAGGAUGGAUUUCAGUCUGAAUCCUCUGUUGAUCAACUUCCCAACAAUUCACCUCUGAUAACAUACCAGCCAAAGAGACGCAUGUCUGAAGCAGACAGGUUUAAAGGAAAAAAUAGGAAGGAGCUAACGUUAGAUAGAGAAGAGGAUGUGAAGAUGUUUAAUGACCCUCCAGCCAAAGCUGAUGUCCCACAGGUCACAAUACAGGAAGUCAAACAAAAUGCUGAGGUCCAAAAUGAGAACCAAUCGCCCAACAUCUCCCAGCUGAAGUCCUUAUGGGAGAAGGGUAACUCUGGGCCCAAGAUACUCAUCAGCAGACCAAUCACUGAGAAAGUACAGCCGACAAUAAAAAAAGAACAGGCAGAGCAUAAAACUGUCCCUGAGUCCAAAUAUGUAAAUGGGUCAUCCAGGAGGGAUUUCCGGAAUGGAAAAGAGAAUGAACAGCUACAUCUACAGCCAAGUGUUACCCAAAACAAACAGGAGGUGUACACACCCAAAAAGACUGUUGUUAUUUCUCCCACUUUAGAGAUACUUACACUGCCAACUUCCUGGGAUGAUAGUUACACUCCUGGGACUCAGAGUGAGGAAAACAAAUCUCUUCCUGCUGAGUAUGCACAUUUUGUAGACAAAGAGCUCAGAAGAUCCCCAUGUACAGUGGACAGGAGAGGCUCAGAGGCAGAAAUCCUUUUCCAAAGCACCCUUAAUCCUCAGCAGGAAACACUGUCCCAGUCCAGACUCAUCACUCCGUCAGAAAGCAUGUUUGAGUCCCAGUCCAGGCUUACUCCAGAAUCUACAAUAUACUCCACUCCAAGACUCACCCCACACCCUCAGUUGCUCCUUCAGCCCAGAGUCAAACCCGAGUCUGUGAAACUCUCACCAGACUUACAAAAACCACAGGUUGAACUACUUUCCAGUCCAAGUCAACUGCCUGAACCACACUUCCAAAGUACAGGGUCUGAGACGGUAAAUCAGACUGGACAGCAGAAUAAAGUCAGUGACAAUUUAAUGGGUAACGAUAGUGAAGAAAAAAAGGGGGUGUUUGUACAGUCAGUUGUAUCCACAAAAAAACUAGAUGAAGGAAUUACCCCAAACAUCCAGGUUCCCCCACAGCAGGACAGCAAGGCAGACAAGAUAAAGCAACUCAAAUCCUUCUGGGAACAGGAGAAGAACAGGCCCAUAUUUUAUGGUAGUAAAUCAAAGGAGGAUGGGGAAGCCAAAGGAAAGCUAAAUAAAAGGUUAACCAAGUCUGAGUUUGACCUGCGGUUAAUCUGUAAUGAUUCUGACGAUGCCCACGAAGCAGAUUCUAAUCAUUCCUCUGACAAACAAAGACCCAAUUUCAGUGUCUUCACAAUGGAUCAGAGACUGGACAAGUCAUCCCCAGGCCUUGGCACAAAUCGUUUGCAGUUUAAGAAUCUUUGCGAGUUUUGGGGUGAAGCCACUUCUCGUUGCAAUCAGACAAUUUCCACUGAAAAACCCAAAAGACCCAAAAAGAAGGAGAUCACUAGAUCAACUUUGGAUGAGAGCAAGCUCUUGGAAACAUCUUCACCUUCUUCACCAUGCUUUCCAUCCUCUCUAUCACCCCCUACGUCUUUAGUCAGCAGCAACAAAGAGAGAGAGCAUCAGUCAAGGUCUAGAUUGAUCAGACCAUGUUCAGGAGCAAUGACUGACACAAAAGCCAACCUCUCACCAAGAAUCACUGUAGAGCAGCAAAGAACCCCUUGUGUCCCUCAGGUAAGAAGCGGCUCAAAACAUGAUUUAACCAAAGAGGAAAAGGCACUCAAGCCACAAGGCACCUCAGGAAAAGGAUCUAGGUCUCACAAAGCUAGGAAAGGCAGUUUUGGAAAUUCAAGCGGAAGUGGACGUGGAAGUGCGCUUCGACGUGCCAACAGUAUGUUCACAUUAGACGUGAAUGACAAAUUGGAUCAAACUUCUUUGUUGCAGCCUAAAAAUAUAAUGGAUAUUAGACCAGUCCAGCCCAAGAGAACACAGGGUAGACAACAGAGUUCUGACAAAGAACCUUCUCGGAGGAGUUCCUCAAAAUCAUCAGAUGAGUCUGAAACUCUAACGCCUCGCGCUCGGGCAUUUAUUCCCAGUGACUACCGUCAUUACCUCGGAAUCACAGAGAAGACCAACAUCCAAACUGUGGCCCUGACAAGGCCUGAGCUUAACCUGAGUACUGGGCCUGUCAGAUCCAGCACUCCUGUUGACUCAGAGGAGAGUUACAGCAGGAGGGGCAGCAAGAUAACACAAAACCCCCUGGCCCCUUGGUCAAACCAUGGCAGCACUGACAUUGGGCAAGAGUCAUCGUUCAGUAUAUCUGAGAGAACAUCUAGCAGCGCAUCUGAAACUUGGUCCAUCUCCAGAACUAGUUCUAACCGUGAAAAUGAUGAGGACGGAAACCUUGUACAGAAAGCACUGAAGCGAGCUCAGAUCCGCCCCAGAAAUCUCACCAAAAGUCUUGAGGACAUCACAGCGUCUAUGCCCCCACGACAAGAAAGAAGACCUGCUCCACUUGAUGACUUGAGACAAAGCAGCAUUGGUAAAAAUGGGUUUGCAUCAACCCUACCUUCCCCCUCUUCAUCCCUCUUCUCUGACCCAGAAAAUGUGAAGAAGAUGAGCAAAUCUGUUCCCUCAUUCCUGCAGAAGGAGAUUGAUGACAAAGACACUGACUCCGCCUCUGAGGACGGUUACCAUGGAAGCAGACAUAAGAUGGGCAAAUCUAUGACUAACAUCAGCAGCUCCUCUGGCAUGGCAUCUCUAAGUGGCAGUGUGAUGACCAUGUACAGUGGGGACUAUGGAGGUGUGGAGGUACAAGGGAACAUUGAGUUCUCCAUCAGCUACAUCCAGAAGCUCCGGGAGUUCCACAUCUUUGUAGCUCAGUCCCGUAACCUGGCCACUGUCGACCCCAAGAGGGGCCGCUCUGACCCGUAUGUUAAAAGUUAUCUGGUGCCUGACAAAGCCAAUCUAGGAAAAAGGAAGACAUCUGUAAAAAAGAAGACUGUGAACCCUAUUUUUAACGAGAUCCUCAGAUAUCGGGUUCGCAUGGAGUAUCUCAAGACUCAAACCCUCAUUCUCUCCGUCUGGCACCAUGAUACCUUUGGCAGGAACAGUUUUCUGGGCGAGGUAGAUGUGGACCUGUCCAAAUGGGACUUUGACCACACCCAGAUGAACUGCUUAUCUCUGAAAUCCAGGCCCACCCACACUCUUCAGCCAUUAGAUGACAGAGGGGAAAUGAGACUGGCUAUACGCUUCCUGCCUCAAGUAUCCCACAGCCUAGGCAAGGAUUCCCCCUCUAAAACAGGUGAGGUUCACAUCUGGGUGAAAGACUGCAAAAACCUUCCCCUUAUCAGAGGGGCCACCAUCGAUCCAUAUGUGAAGUGCUUCGUGCUUCCAGACACAAGCAGAAAAAGUCGCCAGAAGACUCGGGUCUUGAGGAGGACAGUGGAGCCCAUUUUUAACCAUACCAUGGUGUAUGACGGCUUCAAACAGGAGGACCUCAAUGAGGCUUGCGUGGAGCUGACCGUUUGGGAUCGUGACAGGCUGGGCAGUAACCUCCUGGGUGGUCUGAGACUGGGACCUGGCACAGGCAGAAGUUAUGGGGCUGUGGUGGAUUGGAUGGACUCAAAUGCUGCAGAGGUAGAUCUAUGGGAAAGAAUGAUGACCUCUCCAAAUGAAUGGGUGGAGGAUGUACUACCACUGAGAAUGCUGACCACAGUAAAGACUAAGCUGAAAUAAGAAAGGAUCUGAAAAUCUUCAACCUGCUAUAGUUCAAAU